AUGAAACCACUCCGUCUCUUCGUCAGCGCGCUGCUCGCCAUAUUCGCCAGCGCCCAGACGCAAGCCCCCCCACCUGGGUGGCCCGUCUUCUGGUAUAAGGGCAUUAUCACCAACAAGGACACCUCCAUCUACAACCCAACGAAUGAGUUUAUAUUCCCUAGCGUUUUUCACGCCGGGCGCUGGUUGAAAAACGCCCGGGCUGAGUGGUACAUCUACUAUGCGCCCCAUGACGACCCCGGCGGUAUCUCGCUCCGAUACUCCAACAGCCUUGAGGGACCCUGGACCGAAUACCCUAAUAACCCGGUUAUUUCGCGAUCAUGGGGUUCAAACUAUAACGUCCCACAUGUAUCCAGUCCGGACGCUAUCUGGAACCUGGAAGCGAACAAUGGAGCUGGUCGUAUGAUUAUGUAUUUCCACGGUAGCAAUUCAGUUACCCGCUGGGCAUACUCAGACGAUGGCAUCAAGUUCGGGUAUGGCGGCAUCGCAGUCACUAACGCGAUGGGUGGUCCAGCUGUUACGGAGACGAGCUAUGCACGCGUUUUUAGGCACCCAAACCCGGACUCAGGAUACAACUACGGAAUGUUCUAUAUGGGUAACGAGCGUGAUAACAUCCGCCGCAUUCGACUUGCAGAGUCGGUGGAUGGUAAGACCUGGACUGUGAGUCCUGGCUAUGUUGUCGCACCUGGCCCUGAGGAGGGUAAAAAUGUCUCGGGUGGCGAGCUAUGGAACUGGCGGGGGCAAAACUACAUUAUUUACCAUGCCUCUAGCGGUAAGAUAUAUGCUCGUACGAUCGAUCGUACGCUACGACGAGUUGGUGAAAAGCCCAUUGUAUUGUUUAGCGGAAGAGGCGAUAGUAGCGGAGACCGUGUCGCAUCGCCAGUUGUCGUUACGCGUAAUGGCUUGACAUACCUAUUUUACGAGAAAGGCGGCCGUCUCGGCGGAACGAUUGCUUGGGCAAAGAUGGCUGCGCAAUAG